AUUGGGUUAAUAUCGAGGAGCGAAAUCGAAAUGUCUUCACGCUACGGGAGUCGACCGCCUAACACAUCACUUUAUGUCCGAAAUUUACCGGAUGAUGUCAGCCGGGCGGAAGACAUGAGGAACUUGUUCGGCAAGUAUGGCCCUAUUAGUGACAUCUACAUACCUUUGGACUACUAUACCAGGGAACCCAGGGGCUUUGCAUAUGUCCAGUUUGACGACAUCCGAGAUGCUGAAGAUGCGAUGUACGCCCUGGACAGGUACCGCUUCUACGGCCGGGAGCUGGAGAUACAGUAUGCUGAAGGAGACAGGAAGACUCCCACACAGAUGAGAGGAAAGGAGCGUGGCGGCUAUCGCCCAUCGAGGCACCGAUCGCGCAGCCGAAGUCCAAGACGCCGCCGUUCUCGUAGCCGCAGCCCUCGUCGACGACGUUCGCGGAGCGGCAGCCCCCGAAGACGACGCUCUCCCAGUUACAGUCCAAAGAGGAGGAGUAGGAGGAGCAGGAGCAAGGACAGGAAACGCAGAAAGUCGUAUUCGAGGUCAGUGUCACGCUCUCGGUCCAGGUCAGCUGACAGAAUGCGAACACGAAGCAGGACGUUCAGUCGAUCUCCAACAGGCUCCAAGAGUAGAUCAAGAUCACGGGACAAGUAGCAGCCUUGAAGGACCUUGGCACAUGUCCAUAUUUGUACACGUUUGGCGCCAUCUAGAAAUGAACCGAAGGAUUUCUCCUACACCUUUUUGUCAUUCUAUUUUAUAGGAAUCCAAGUGGUUUGUAUUCAAGAUAUGAAGAGAUGCACUGUACAGUUGUAGAAAAUGACAUCCCUGUUGACAAUGUAUCAUAUGAAGAAAAAUGUUUUUAAAUGAAAAAAUAGUGAUACUUGAAAAUGUAGGCAUUGUUAUUUAACAUUCUGGGCUCUUUGUUAACUUCCGGGGAAAUAAAGAAUAUUGUUAUGAACACGGUGUUGUGCUAUACAUUCAAUAACAGAAGAAUUGGUAAAAAGUUGGAGUUUUAGAAAAUUUUAAGGCCCUUUUGGCCUCUGACGCCUGCUUGUAUUGCACCCCUCAUGAUGCAUCAGUUUGUGUGAACAUCUAAAGCUUUGCAAUACUAUUCAUGUAGUGUGUUGUAACUCGAGGAGGGGGUAAAGAAUAGAUUUCCUAAAUUUGUCCAACUGAGUGGUAUCUCAAAAAGCACAAAACAUGCACCCUAUCAAAGGGGUGCUAUGGAGUUCCUGUGUUUGAAGAAAGAAAAAAAAGCACAUGUUUAAUGAUAGUUUUCUGUCUAUUGAUAGGCCUAAGAUAUUUCAGCUUACAGCAGAUUCAUUUACAGCAGAUUCAUUUCAUUAUUAAUAUUAGACUGAUUUGAUUGUUUGGAAAGAUAUCUCUGAAUUUCUUCUUCUACAUGUACAUGUAUAUGAUUAAGAGACAAAUUUGACCUUAUCCAGAAGAAAAACAAAACAACUUCAACCAAACCCAGGCCACUAUUUACCAAUGCUGUGUAUUACCUUAUACUUGAUACAAAACAAAUCAGUUGUACAUAGAUCUGCAACUGAAAAGGAGCAAUUACUAUGUCUACUUUUAACAUUGCUCUAUGCCAUUGAAUGAUAUGUGUAUUGUAUGUUUUUGUGUACAAAAUGCAAACCGAUUAUCAGUAUUUUCCUCUUUUUUUGUUUCCAACUAUGGCUGAUUGCAUGUACAUAGUAAGCAAGAUGCAUUUCUCAUUUCAAAACUUAAGAUUUUUUUGUCUGCAUUAGCAAGGUCCAUGUCGAGAUGUAAAUGUACCAGACAUUUUUGUUGAUAGAAGUUGCAAGAGCCGAGUAGAUUUACUAAAUCCUACGACUGUUUGUUAAUGCAAAAGAGGGUUGAAUAGUUUCCAAAUUUCAGUCUUUUUGCUGACAAAAUCAUGCAUCUGGUUUUUGGAAUAGAGCUCCAUAACAUCUUUCACACCUGUUUUGCUUGAUAUUAAUACCCCAUUCAUGUGGAUGUGCUCUGAAGCUUUUGAUUCAAUGUUGAUGUCAUCUUCUUUUAUGAGUGCAUUCUAAAUAACAUUUAGCUCGGAAUAUUCAAAAGACUAUUGAUAUUCGACUAUUUUCAAGAAGAGACAAAAAAGUGAUGUGACAUUUGCUCCUGAAAAUGCAUGAUAGCAGAAUAUUUUAUUUUUCAUUUUUCAAAUGUAACUUGGCUAUCUGUAUGGAGGCAUGGAGAAUACAUAUUGAUUUUCUGUUUUUAUUUUAUUCAGUUCUUUAGAGAUAUAUUCUAGACAUGAGUAUAUAAUUAAGCAGACCCUUCCAGUCGUGUUCAAAGUUGCCAGCAUUAUGUUAUUGCUGUUGUAAAUAUUUGAAGAUUUCUGCACAAUGUUCGAUCGUCUACCAAAAGUCCUUGUCAGCCAUGUUUUAUUGUUCCGUAAGAAGUAGCAUUUGUUCAGUAUUACCUGCUAACAACAUACAUGUACAUGUAUCUAGGAUAGUGCUAUGCAAGUUGAUCAGUCUGUUGUGUAUGUAUGUACUAUGUGACGAGUUCCUCAGAACUUUGAGAUUGCUAUUAAAUGAAAAAGAGUAGGAUUGUCGAGUGGUUCAAUCACUCGACUGGAAAUUUAAAGUUUGUGGGUUCGUACCUGACCUAGCACUUGUGUCCUUGAGCAAAGCAUUUUGAUACCAGGCAGUGUGAGAAAUGUCAUUGUGGUUGGAUUAGCUUGUGCAUGCUUGUAAAAAGGUGAAAUGCUCUCCAAAGGAGUUGAGAGUCUGCACUCUCAAGUGCAGGGUCGUAAUUUGAAUCCAUUGAUUGGGCUAAUGUUUAUGCUAUGUUAGUUGACUGGAUUUAAACCGCUUUUGUAAGUCAUUAUUAUUAAGUUUAAUAUGCAUAAAGACUCCCAUUUUUUCACUGACAUGUAUUAUCCCCUUUUCCUUCUCUUUCGUAGAGUCCAAUUGAAGAAUACACAUUAAUUUUGUUUUAAUAAUUUACCAAAUUGAUAACUGUCGAUUGUAUAAUACCAUAUUCGUAGAUUGUUUUAAUUUUUUUUUUUUUUUUGGGGGGGGGGGGGGGAGGUUAAAUUAGACUUAUCAGUCUCAUGAAAUUUAAAAAAAAGUGCCCCAAAGUAUUUCCCAUUUCACCAUCUUAAAAUGGUUGUACCUUUAAGUUGUUUGUCUUCAGCAAUGUGUUGUGUUAAUUUAUUUGUUUUUAUACAUUUCAGGAAAAAAGAAAUGACAAGUACAAUCACUUAGUUUAUAAAUGUUCAUCGCAAACCCAGUUUUGUUUGGAAUUGUUUAAAUCUCUCACAGAAGUUUAGACAGUUUUAUUUAAAAAUAUUUUUAGGGUACUCCAUUGCUGUUUUCUGUCAUGAGCUCCUGUCAAUAAAGAUAUCUUUGUUUAGAAUAAUAAUUCAUGUUUAA